AUGGGCUCCGAGCAAUACAUCAGCAGCAAGAGUAUUCAGAGAUUUCUGUUUACUGUACUGACUUCAGUAUUGAUCACUGGUGCCGUUAUCUUCGUUGUAACCGGAAGCAAUGAGAGAGAAGAACAAGUGACUUCUAGACGAUUGCAAGAGACGUCGAAUGUGUUGCAAGAUGCAUGCAGCAGCACGCUUUAUCCAGAGCUCUGCGUUUCCAGUAUUUCAAACUAUGGCUGGCUGUCGAGCAAAGCCGAUCAUAUGGAAGUCGUGGAAACCGCUGUGAAGGUGGGUAUAAGCGCCGUGCAGAAGAUCAAGACCCACGUCCAAAAGCUUUCUAGCCCUGGUCUUGACUUCAGGCAGCGGGGCGCCGUCACAGACUGUAUGGAGAUGUUCGAUGACACGCUGGACGAGCUCGAUGACACGCUGUCCGAUUUGCAAAACGCCACAUUUUUGACGAUGCCAACGCACGCCGCAGAUCUGAAGACGCUGCUGAGUGGAGCCAUUACUAACCAGUACACGUGUCUCGAUGGCUUCCACCUCUGCAAAGGCCAUCUCAAACAAGACUUGAGUGCCGAGUUGCUCAACAUCUCGCAUUUGGUCAGCAAUUCGCUUGCAAUGGUGUGUAACAUUUCUGCUAAAGCAAAUGAAGUGCUUGGCAAUAUGGAUUCACUUCCCAACACGCGGCGCCGUCUUUUGUCGGACGAUUUCGUGUCGUCUGAUAAGAAUGGCUUCCCGUUAUGGAUGUCGGCGGGAGAUCGACGGCUUUUACAGAGUCCUUCCCGAAAUGUUAAGGUCGAUGCUGUUGUUGCCAAGGACGGGAGUGGUCGUUACAAAACCAUUGCGGCGGCGGUGGCUGCAGCUCCGGAGAAGAGCAGUUCCAGAUAUAUUAUCUAUAUUAAAAAAGGUGUGUAUCUGGAGAACGUUGAUGUUUCCAAAAACAAGCACAAUAUCAUGUUCAUUGGAGACGGCAAAGAUGUCACUGUGAUCGCUGGCAAUCGAAAUUUUGUGGACGGCUACACAACUUUUCAUUCUGCAACAGUUGCUGUGAUGGGGAAAGGAUUCGUUGCCCGUGACAUAACCUUCAGGAACACGGCAGGACCGGGCAAGCACCAGGCGGUAGCCCUUCGAGUGGGAUCAGAUUUUUCGGCAUUCUGGAAGUGCAGCUUUGAGGGGUUCCAGGACACCCUUUACGUUCACUCACAUCGCCAAUUCUACCGAGAAUGUGACAUCUACGGCACUGUAGACUUCAUCUUUGGAAACGUUGCAGCUGUUUUGCAGAAUUGUAAUAUCUUGGCCCGAAAGCCCGCAGCAGGCCAAAAGAUAAUGUAUACUGCUCAGGGCAGGGAGGACCCCAAUGAAAACACGGGCAUCUCCAUUCAAAAUUGCAGGUUGUCAGCGACCUCUGAUCUGGUUGCAGCAAAAAGCUCGUUCAAAGUUUAUCUGGGAAGGCCAUUGAGGAAAUAUUCUCGUACUGUAAUAAUGCAUUCGCACCUAGACGAUCUGAUACAUCCUGCCGGUUGGCAUGAAUGGGAAGGAAACUUUGCAUUAAGUACGCUUUACUAUGGAGAAUUCAUGAACCGUGGUUCCGGUGCUGCUACAGAAAAUAGGGUGAAAUGGAAGGGCCACCGUGUGAUUAAGAGCUCGAGUGAGGCAAACCAAUUUACAGUAAAUCAAUUCGUACAAGGAAAUUCGUGGUUGCCUUCUACAGGCGUUCAGUUUACUGCAGGUUUUACUGGAUAG